UCAAUUAAGACUCACAUUAAAGGCCUCCAUGAGACACACAGAGGUGCUGUGUCUGAAUCAACAGAAACACUGGAGAAUCAGACAUCUCCUGGAGAUCCAUGCACCAGAUCUGUUGUUUUUGAGACUCGGUACACAGAGCUGAUGGUUAUUAAUCAGUACAAAAGAACCUACAACGAAACUCAACAUGAACUUCUAAAGACAGGGCAGACUCAUGCAGAGCUAGUGGAGAAGCGAACAAAGGAGAAAUGUGAGCGAAUCUGGACAGAGCAACUUUUCAGAAGGAAUCCUGGAAGUGAGACUCCUCCUCAUGUUGUAGUGGUCAGUGGAGUGGCUGGAAUUGGGAAGACUACCAUGGUUCAAAAAAUCAUGUUUGACUGGGCCAGAGGCAUCCAGUACCACAGAUUUGCAUUUGUGUUCCUAUUUAAAUUCAGGGAUCUUAAUCUUUUAGAUACAGAGAAUGAGCCACAAAUGCCUCUGACCAGGCUCAUUGUGAGACAUUAUAAAUAUCUUAAUGACCCAAGACUGAUAAACAUCCUGCAGAAACCUGAAUCGCUCCUCUUUAUACUUGAUGGCCUAGAUGAAUAUAAACACAAGCUGAACUUUAAUCAAACACGUCUGUGUACAAAACUCGAUGACUAUGUUCCUGUUCACACCCUUCUCGUCAGUUUGGUGUGUGGAAACAUACUGAAGGGCUGUUCUAUCCUAAUCACAACCAGGCCAACAGCUCUGGAGUCCUUAGACAUGGAGAGAGUUGAUCGAUUUGCAGAGAUCCUGGGUUUCUUCCCCGACCAAAGGCUGAUGUACUUUAAGAAGUUCUUUGGUGACUCAGAUUUAGGCACUGAAGCUUUUCAGUAUGUGGAAGAGAAUGCCAUUCUGUACACCAUGUGUUUUAAUCCUUCGUAUUGUUGGAUUAUCUGUUCUGUGCUGAAAAACCACUUCGUGACACCUGAAGAAAAGCGAGGAGCCGCCCCCAGAACUGUCACUGAGCUCUUUGUGCUGUUCCUUCACAAUAUCCUCACCAAUCACAAGCGGGAAGCAGAUGACCAUCAUGAGAUUUUUGUCAAACUAGGAAAAAUGGCUUAUUAUGGGGUAGCUAACAAGGUUCUUGUGUUUUAUGACAAGUUUGAGAUGUUUACCUUUGGCCUCCGUCCAGUCCUGUCCACUCCAUUCCUUUCUGGGUUACUCAAAGAAAUCCUGCAGCGAGAAAGCACUCUGGAGUACACAACAUACACGUUCUUCCACCUCACCCUGCAGGAAUUCAUGGCAGCCUGCUACUUUUACCUUGAUCCAUCAGAGGGCAAUAAGGAGAUGCUUGUGAAACUGGACUCCUGUGAAGAUGGCCGAUUUGAGAUCUUCAUUCGAUUCCUGGCAGGACUCGCUAGGUAUUCUGUGUUUAAAACACUGGAUGGAAUUCUGGGGAACUUUGAGAUAAAGACAGCCAAGAGCAUUCUGAAAUGGGUGAAGCAGAAAGCUGAACGGGCUCUACAGGGCCAAGAUAAAAAUGAAGCACUACGAGUGUGUCAGUGGCUGUAUGAGACCCAGAAUAACAAACUAAUUAGAGAUGCCAUUGGAACAGAUUUAAAGAUGGACUUUAGUGAAUCAACUUUAUCUCCUCUGGACUGUGCUGUGCUGGGCUCUGUCAUCAGCUGCUGUGGUGAACUUCGGGAGCUUAUAUUGUCACAAACUCGUCUCACUGCAGAAGGCAUCAGGAGACUAGUGCCAGGUCUCAUUUUGUGUGAACAAGUCAGUCUAUACUCAUGUAGCCUCACUUCUAGAUGUUGUGAGCUUCUCUCUUCUGCUCUCUCUUCUGAACAAUCACGUCUGACUAACCUAGAUCUGGGCUACAAUAACCUGAAGGAUGCAGGAAUACGUCUGCUGUGUGAGGGGCUGUGGAGUGCAAACUGUAAAUUAGAGACACUGGGGCUGCAGUCAUGUGGUCUCACCUCUGGAUGUUGUGACUCUCUCUCAUUGGCUUUCUGUGCUGACAACUCACAUCUGACAGAGCUGGAUCUGGGAGAAAAUAAACUGGAGGAUUCAGGAGUGCACCUGCUAUGUGAGGGACUGAGGAAGCCAAAUAGUACAUUAAAGGAACUGAGGCUGUACUCAUGUGGUCUCUCCUCUGGAUGUUGUGAGGCUCUUGCAUCAGUUCUCUCUGUCCAAGACUCACACCUGGCUUAUCUGGAGCUAAGAAAAAAUAACCUUGAGGAUUUAGGAGUGAUUAAACUCUGUGAGGGGAUAAGAAGCCCAAACUCCAAAUUAGACUCAGUGUGGCUAAUGUCAACUGGUCUCACAUCUAAAUGUUGUGAGGCCCUUUCCUUAGCUCUCUCAGUGGAACACUCACAACUAAUAGAGCUGUUACUGGAGGACAAUAACCUGAGAGAUUCAGGGGUGCAUCUGCUGUGUGAGGGGCUGAAGAGUCCAAACUGUAAAGUAGAACUACUAAGGUUGUCAUCAUGUGGUCUCACCUCUGGAUGUUGUGAGGCUCUGUCCUCAGCUAUCUCUGUUGUCCACUCACAACUAACCGAGUUGGAGCUGAAUGACAAUCAACUAGAGGAUUCAGGAGUGCAUCAUCUGUGUGAUGGGCUGAGGAACAAAAACUGUAAAUUAGAGACAUUGGGGUUGGAGUCAUGUGGUCUCACUGCUCAGUGCUGUGAAGCUCUCUCCUCAGCUUUCUCAUCUGAACACUCACAUCUGACUGACUUGUUGCUGGACAAUAAUAACCUGGAGGAUUCAGGGGUGCAUCUGCUGUAUGAGGGGCUAAGGAACAAAAACUGUAAAUUAGAAACACUGAGUUCUGUCUAUACAAUACAUGGGAGAUCCCGCCAAAUCUUUGAUGGUGUUCUUGUGCUUAAGUUACAGUGGUGUAGUCGGCAGAAUAUUGUUCUUAUGAUAGAAGAACAGGACCUGAAUGUGGUGCUGACCAAUAUGGCCACUGAACUCCAGAUGGUGAAGCUGCAAUUAGGGGAAAUGCAAACCAGGCUUGCUGUAUCUGAAGCCAGAGCGCAAGCUAGAGCAGCUAUCAAGGAGGAGCUUGGAGCGUGGGCUCCCUCACAGCAGUUCGCCAGCGCUGGGAAUGCAGCAAGUGAGGUAACAUAUAGGCUCUAUUCCUAA